ACCAUAGAAGUUGACUGGUAGUAACUGAUAUCUCUCAUAUUUACUUCAAAUGUACUCGGGACUAGCCUCAUAUCCACCUAUUGUGUUCCUGUAGUACCUCAAGGAAUUUAGUAUAAUAGCUAAAUUGUUGUCAUUACGCAACUAAAUACGUACAAUUAUUGAAUAACUACGCAUUCGUAGAGAAAGAAGGCCAGCAAACGGUAGCUUAGUUGCGAGGUAGCUAGCUAACAAUUUGUCCAACACAUACGCACAUGACAUACAUAUACAUUUAACGUUAAUUUCCGUCAUGAUAGACAUUCAUCUCUCAGUACAACAAUGAUCAACACAUUGACUAGGCUCCGAAGCCAAAGAUGUCUUGCUCAAGAGAUGGGACGUAUAUUUUAUCAAGCGUGUGUCCGGAAAGAUUUGGAAAGCUUCAGGUUGGUAGGUGUCAUAAACGUCCUAGCAACGCCGAGGACAUUGAUUCGAGUCAGGCAUGUCAGCACCUCCUGUGCUCUCUGUGCCAAAGUCCGAGGAUUUCAGAAAAAGAAAGAUCUUUCUGAAAAGAAACUGACUCGCCACUUUGUGGACUACCGCAAUGUGAAGCUAAUAGCUGGAGCUGGAGGGAAAGGAGCCUGUACCUUCCACAGUGAGCCCCGAAAGGAGUGGGGUGGACCGGAUGGAGGAAAUGGAGGAGAUGGGGGAAACAUAAUUAUUAAAGUCGACCGGCAGAUCAAAUCGUUGGCACAAGUAUCCACUGUAUAUAAGGCAGAUGACGGUGAAUCGGGAGGCAACAAAAACUGCUAUGGACGUAACGCCAGCUCAACCUACAUUUCUGUCCCCAUGGGUACGGUGGUGAAGGACCAGGGCAGAACUGUGGCUGACCUCUCCCAGCAUGGCCUGGAAUAUGUGGCUGUGUUUGGAGGUUCAGGGGGCAAGGGGAACCGUUUCUUCCUCUCCAAUGAGAACCGCGCCCCCCUGACGGCCACGCCAGGGGAGAGUGGCCAGGAGAGGCUCCUCCAGCUGGAGCUGCGCACCAUGGCCCACGCUGGACUGGUCGGGUUUCCUAAUGCAGGGAAGUCCUCUCUGCUUAGGGCAAUCUCCAAUGCUAAACCUGCUGUGGCUGCCUACCCUUUCACCACACUCAACCCCCAUGUGGGCAUCGUCAAGUACAGGGACCACGAACAAGUAGCAGUGGCUGACAUCCCAGGGAUCAUCCAUGGGGCCCAUCUGAACAGAGGUCUAGGCAUCUCCUUCCUGAGACAUAUAGAGCGCUGUCGCUUCCUGUUAUUUGUCCUGGACCUUGCCUCUCCAGAACCCUGGACCCAGCUACACCAGCUGCGCUAUGAGCUGAAUCAGUAUGAGCCUGGUCUGUCCAAUCGGCCCCACGCCAUUGUGGCCAACAAAAUGGACCUGCCAGGGGCCCGGGGCAACCUGGAGGCCCUCAGGAGCCACGUGAGCCAGAGGGUCAUCCCAGUAUCGGCCCUCACAGGACAGAACACGGAGGAGCUGAUCCUCCACCUGAGAGAGCUGUAUGAUGGUUACCUCCAGGGAGAGAGCACUGGAGAGGACAGACCCACCAGGUGGUAGCAGGAAGAGUGCUGUUCUGUCAUCCAACUGCUCUGCACCUGACACAUGUAGUCUAUUUAAAUUGUUAGGCAAAAUAUGUAUUUACUCUAUAUGACUGUAACAAAGGAUUUGUAUUUGUGAUGCAAUAAAUCAUUUUGAAUGCACCUUUUUU